AUGACUCUGCGUAUGGUGACGAAACGUCUGCAAGUCAAUUGCCAAGCUCGCUCAACAGAUCAUCAACCAGUGGCAGAUAGCCUUCAGAUGCUAUAUAAACGCACACAGGCAGACUUAAGGCACCCACCCAACUGCGCACUGAUGAUGUCUCCUCGUAUGGUGGCAGAUAGCCUUCAGAUGCUAUAUAAACGCACACAGGCAGACUUAAGGCACCCACCCAACUGCGCACUGAUGAUGUCUCCUCGUAUGGCAAGGAAGAAGUACCCACUCAACUGCGCACUGAUGAUGUCUCCUCGUAUGGUGACGAAACGUUUGCAAGCCAAUUGCCAAGCUCGGCGAACAGAUCAACAGCCACCUGAUCAACAACCAAUAAACUCACCGGAGCUACCAAUAUUUCAACAAAUUACCAAACCACAAGUUUGCCUUUUUUUCGGAGUAUUCUAA